CGACGCAGUUGACACGAAUCGCGCGCGACUCGACUCGCCUGGUGGUAUUUUCAGCAGGAGCAGAAAUCCUGAGGCUCAGGCCAAACCCCAGCAGGACAUCAGAGGUGCCCGAGAAAGGAUUAUGGUUACUUGUGCAGUGUGUUAAACGAAACCGAAGCAGUGGCCCUACUGCAACUAACUAAAGUACGAAUAGUGGAUAAACUAACCGAGCUCAGUGGGCGAUAAGAGUGCAAACUUUAAGGAUAAUAAACUUGAAACGAUCGCUCAUCACGUGAGUUCCAGUGGCGCUGGCCCAGAUACCCAGCAAAAACCAAUCCAUACGCAAUUUACUUGGCACUGCCACCAGACAGACAAUAAUUAGUUGCCCGGCGCAACAACAAAGAGCUGGCAAUAAAAAUUAAUUAGAAAAUAUUUCGCAUCACACAGCAGCAAUUUGUCAAGGGAAAGCGCACAAAAGUGCGCUGUACAUGGGAGCUUGCCGUCCGGUCCCUCGCUCAAUUUAUAAUUAGAGCUCGGAAAAAGCGGAAAAAAUAGAGAAACCUCGAAAAUAAACUGGAAAGCUGGAAAUUAAACAAAGCGGCAAAGCGGCAAAGCGACUAUGCAAAGUAUGUUGGCGCCUAACCAAAUGAAAACUUAAAGCGAGCAAAAAACCGAGGGCAGUCCGCAACUCCAGCAAUUUAAUAACAGAGCUGCAACCAGAGGAGAACUCCGCUCCGGAACCGAGUAGUUCCACAUCAUACGCGCCGGGCGCGGAACAAUGAAAAUAUUUUCGCGCAGCAUACGUACAGGCGCCUUGGCCCCGCCCACAGCCACAGCCACCGCCACCGCCACCGCCGCCCGCGGCUCCAGGAAAAGCAGCCAGAGACGCCACCGCGCUCCGCUCAAAAUGAAUUGCCCCAUUCUGAUUGUAAUUAGCCUCGGAUGGCUGCUGCACGCGCACGCCGGAAGCGGCGGGUUCGCCGUGGAGGCCGCCAUUUCAAAUCGAGGCAGCAACAGCCGCUCGAUGAGCAACGUGCAGCAGUCGGCGGUGGCGCCCUCCACCCUGACUGCCGCCCUGCCCCGCUUCAUGUCGCGCGGACACACCUACCGCGCCGUCGUCGGGGACACCCUGGUCCUGCCCUGCCAGGUGGAGAAUCUGGGCAAUUUCGUUCUUCUGUGGCGGCGAGGAACAAAUGUGCUCACCGCCUCCAACAUUAUGGUUACAAGGGAUGAGCGCGUAAGACUGAUAGAUGGUUAUAAUUUAGAGAUAUCCGAUUUGGAGCCCCAAGAUGCCGGGGAUUAUGUUUGUCAAAUCAGUGACAAAAUAAAUCGUGAUCAAGUGCACACAGUUGAGAUAUUGGUUCCGCCCAGUGUGCGCGCCAUCCCCACAUCCGGACAGCUGCAGGCCCGCAAAGGAGGACCCAUCACGCUGGAGUGCAAGGGAUCUGGUAAUCCGGUGCCAUCCAUUUACUGGACCAAGAAGAGCGGCGCAAACAAGUCCACGGCCAGGAUCGGCGACGGGCCCAUUUUGACCCUGGAGAAGCUGGAGCGCCAGCAGGCGGGCGUCUACCAGUGCACCGCCGACAACGGAGUGGGCGAUCCGGUCACGGUCGACAUGCGGCUGGAUGUGUUAUAUCCCCCGGAUAUUCAAGUGGAGAAGUCCUGGAUACACUCGGGCGAAGGAUUCGAGGCGAAGCUCGUUUGCAUUGUUUACGCUGAUCCAGUCGCAACGGUGUCCUGGUACCAAAACUCAUUUCCGAUCCAAACGACGGACAGACGCACCAUGAACACCCGGGCCAACCGGCACACACUCACCAUCCGGCACAUCCAGCAGGAGGACUUCGGAAACUACAGCUGCGUGGCGGACAACUCGCUGGGACGCUCCCGCAAGUACAUGGAGCUCUCCGGCCGCCCCGGACCCGCCGAGUUCUACUCGCCCAAGUGGGGUCGUUCGCCGGACAGCUACAACCUGACCUGGAAAAUCGAUAGCUACCCGCCGCUGGAGGAGGUGCGCCUGCUCUACCGUCGAGUGCUGAUGAACGAUACUUACCAGCAGCCGGGCAGGUGGCACGACUUCAUCCUCACCCCGGAGCACCGACCGGCCUCGGAGCCCCUGACACACAUCAUGUCCUACACCAUCAAGAAUCUGCAUCCGGGCGCUUACUACGAGGCAAUUGUGCAGGCCAAGAAUCGCUAUGGCUGGAACGAGGUCAGCGAUAUAUUUCAAUUUAUCGUCGCCAGCAACAGCCAGGACAUUGCCCCCGAGGACGCCGAGGUGGUGGCCAGCUCCAAGUCGCGCAGCAACGGGGCCUCGGUCGGCAGCCUGCCAGGAUCCGUGCCCCACAGCCUGCUCCUCCACACGGUGCUCCUCUUGGUCCUGACCUUGAGUAAUUGUCAGUUCGACAGGCGACGACUGGGCCUGGGAUAAGCUCAUUCCGCAGCAGUUCGGGAUCUAAGUAUCAGGAGUGGAGCACAGGUUGGCGGACAGGAGCGGAGGCAUCCAGGAACACCAAAGAAAAUUCAGAAAAACAUUAUUGGACUCCGCACACCGCCGGCCAAAGAGCAAGUGAAUCUAGCCCCAACUAAAGAGCAAAAGAGAAAGCUGAAGGAAAUUAAAAUAAAACCCAUGUAAAUAAUUUUUCGAGCGUUUUGUCCACGAUUAAAUUAGCACACACACACCACACACAUAAGCCGGAAAAUGGUUAAUGGAAAUUGCGAUUCGAGAACGCAAAUCCACUAUCCAAAUCCCACCCCCAGUUCCAUCCCCAUGGUAGAAUAAGCAACUCGAACUAGGUCAUGUAAAUAUGCAUUAGAUAUCUGAAUGUGAACUGCAUUUUACUUCAUAAAUGCCGGUCUGCGGCUCGGUGUGCAGGAUUCGUAUGUAAAUUAAGCGAACAUUAUAUAGUGAUAUUAUUUAGUUUCGAGCGAAACCAUAAAUAACAAAAUACCGAGAAGGAAAUAAACGAAAAAACACUGGAAUAAGCCACACCGCAAAUGUAGUAUGUAAAGUAUUUGCCACUUACCACUUGCCAUUUGUGUUCCGAAUUCGAGUCCCUUAACGUUUCAUUGCCACUCUUCGAUUGCAGCUGUAGUCUUAUUUUAGCCAGUAAGAGCACCCAUAACCAAGCGAUAGCGACGCAGACGCAAUUCAAUACAAUGUUUUUCGAUGUAAAUUAGAGUUAAGCAACGUGUUGUACCACCAAAAUCGGAGAAGUCGCCGGAGUCGGAACUAAGCUAAUCCCCAUUCGGAAUAUUAGUCGGAGCAUUUGAAUGUGAAUUUUUGCAUACAUAUUAGCGGCACGCGAACGCCUCGAGCGGCGGGGAGUGUCAACCUGUAAAUACAUGAAUAUGGUACUUAUUGAGUGUUACGAACCCAGCAGGCAUUUUAUCAGCUUUUGCACCUUUCCAAUUGUACGAGGUACGAGCCCCGUCGAGUCGAGUCCGAGGCGAGGCCGUACUGUUUCAUUUAGGGCACACAAUAGAGGUCAAAGCUCACUGUAUAUUUUAUAGGCCGCGGCCCUCGAACUCGUAUUACCCCAUAUGCAACAACUCCUGUACUUAGCAUGUCGAAAGAGGCCAAAAGCCGACCUAAAAGGGAAUCGAACCGAAAACCAGUAAAGCGUUACAAUUUAUCUACAUAAAUGUGUAUGUGUGUGUACCUUACAUAGCCAGUUGAAUGCAGGAUGCAGGAGGAUGCGGAUCGGAGGCGUUACUACAGAUUAACAGAUGCGAGGAUCCGGAGCGAUCCGAUCUGAAACUAAAUACCAGUAUAAUUCAGAUAAAUCAGAAAUAGAUAGCACCUCGGCAGUGCGUGUUCAUUAAAAGUGAAUUCAUUACUUACUAACUACAUAGUACGAUGCUAAUUGUAUGAUUAAUGCGCAUAAGAACCCUAAAAUAUUCGAAAUAAAAUAAAGCAUUAGAUGUAAACUAAACAA